AUGAGUGACACAAAUAUCGAACAGUGGAAAAUAAAACGCUUGAUUCAAAAAUUGGAAUCAGCAAAGGGAAACGGGACGAGUAUGAUCAGCUUAAUAAUUAGACCCAAGGAUGAUGUUAACAGAAUUAGUAAGAUGUUAUCAGACGAGUACGGCACGGCCUCAAAUAUUAAAUCUCGAGUUAAUCGCUUAUCGGUGUUAUCUGCCAUAACAUCCACAAUGCAGCGCCUAAAGCUGUAUAGAAAUACACCGCCCAACGGACUGGUUGUUUAUUGUGGCACUGUAAUAACAGACGACGGUAAAGAGAAGAAAGUCUCAAUAGAUUUUGAACCUUUUAAACCAAUUAAUACAUCGUUGUACCUAUGUGACAAUAAGUUCCACGUCGAGAGUUUAAACGAGCUUCUGGAAAGCGAUGAUAAAUUCGGCUUCAUUGUUAUGGACGGUAACGGGGCAUUAUACGGUACAAUCCAAGGCUCAACCAAAGAAGUUCUUCACAGUUUUACGGUAGAUUUGCCAAAAAAACACGGAAGAGGUGGUCAGUCAGCGCUCCGUUUUGCACGCUUAAGAAUGGAGAAAAGACAUAACUACAUCAGAAAAGUCGCAGAAACUGCAGUCAACAUGUUCAUAACAAAUGACAAAGUGAAUGUGACUGGACUAAUUCUGGCCGGUAACGCUGAUUUUAAAAACGACCUAGCAAACAGUGACAUUUUCGACCAAAGGUUAUCCUCGAAGGUCCUGAAAAUAGUAGACGUUUGUUACGGAGGCGAAAACGGCUUUCAGCAAGCAAUUGAGUUGUCAUCCGAGUGUUUAUCGAAUGUCAAGUUUAUACACGAAAAGAAACUAAUCAAGAGAUUUUUCGACGAAAUCGCCCACGACACAGGGAAAUAUGUCUACGGCGUAUAUGACACCAUUAAUGCUCUAGAAAAUGGAAUGAUUGAGGUCCUAAUUAUUUACGAACAGCUGGAAAUAAUGAGGGUCCUGGUCAAGAACCCAUCAACGAAUACAGAGUCAGUGCUGUUACUAAACCAGGAGCAGGAGCGAGACGAGGCGAACUUUAAGGACAACAACGUCGACUUGGAAGUUCUCGACAAAAUACCCUUGAUUGAGUGGAUUAUCAACAACUACCACAAUUACGGGUCAACUUUAGAUUUCGUGACUAACAAGUCUCAGGAGGGUUCUCAAUUUCAAAGUGGCUUUGGCGGAAUCGGCGGUAUCCUUAGAUACAAAAUGGAAGCUGGCUAUGAAACCAACGACGACAACGAUGAUGACGACGACGAUAGCUUUAUGUAA